AUGCCGAACGGGAUUGUCAGUGUCUGGACUCACAAAGCCAUCUUGCCAGAGGUGGUCAACACAAUGCAGGGUCUAGGCUGCCGAUAUGUUGAAAACCUAGUUUGGUACAAGAUGGCGCUGAACAACACUAACCUUGAUCGCGCAUCGCCAUACUUCCGCACUUCAAAGGAGAUCUUACUUCUUUUCAAGAAGGUAACGAGGCGCUCAUACGCUGGUGACGGUUUCGAUAUUCGUCAUCAGCGGACAGCGGACGUAAUUAUUGAUUUUGAAAAGCCUACGAGCUCGUGGAUUGAUGAGGAUUACACGGAGCCUAAGCCUGACGGUGUGUUUGAAAUGAUGGAAAUCAUGCUGCCGGACGCACGGUACACUCCUGAGGCAGGGCGCGGAAGACUUCUGGAACUUUGGGCUAAAAAGAGUCAGGAACGUCGCCCCGGCUGGUUUAGCAUUCAUGAGCUGAAGCACACUUCCACGACAUCUGCAGCGCCAUCAUCAACUCUAACAGCUACAGCAUCUACUGCACAGACAGCUCCUUUAACACUCACAGCGUCUCCAGUACCAAACGAUUCUAGAAUACCAGUAUCACCUGAAUCGGCAUCUGGAGAUGGCGGAGACACGGAUAGUAUUGACGAUGUGGCACUACUAGAAAUUGCAAACGACAUGGAUCUCGACUUUAAUGAGUGA